GUGAGGCAGUUCGAAACAACUUAGUGGUCUGUUAGACUUUGGCUCAUUCACAAAAGGAAACCCAUUCACAAAGUUAUUAAAAGGCAGUGACAAGAAAAAAAUAAAAAAAAAUAAAUAAAAAUAAGAAAAGUGGGUGGCAGUGAUACAGAUUUUCUGUGCAACCUCCUCCAGUAAAACCAACGCAGAUUGUGCUAUGUUUGUGCCAAAGUUCUAAUUAGUUGAGUGACAGUUUUAAACGGGAAUUUCUUGUGGGUGUCUCGCCAGCAUUCUAGCAUAUUAUGGCUCUUGAGGAGUGCAACUGAAAGGAGACGACACCCAAGAAUAGGCCUUCUGUGGCCAACAUCAACAAUCAUCGCCAGUAAGGCAAUAAUAUUACUGUAAUUCGAAGUUGAUCUCACCUUAAAAAAAAGAAGAAGCAGCAAGAAAGACCGUGGAAUAAGACAACAUCGAUAAACGAUUCUUUUUGCACAAUGACUCACCUGCAACAGUUGGUGCUGGUCUUGGCGACUGGAUUUGCAGCAGCAUGGAAACCCUGCCCUGAACUCAGUCCUGCACUCAGAUUUCCCUGCAGAUGCAAACUAGAACCCUUGGGACUGAAUGGAGCCCUAGGAGCUGUUGCUAUGGAUUGCGAUCGAGUUGUAUUCCAGGGCGAGUCACCAGUUCUACCAGUGGGAGCUCCAAUUAUCGCAUUUUCGCAGAGAUUCAGUGGACAACAGGCGCUUCCGAGUCAGGCUUUCGCCACAUCAAAUCUUCCCCUGAGGAAUCUCGACUACUCACACAACUCCAUUCGUCGGUUGCCGGAUAAGGCAUUUGCUGGCAUCCAGGAAACACUCACGGAACUCCAUCUCAAUGACAAUCUACUGGGAGAUUCACUGAAUCCCAUCUUUUCCACAUCAGAAUUUCACACAUUGGCCAAUCUCAGAGUCCUGGAUCUAUCCGGAAACAAGAUUAAAGCCAUUGAGGAAGGGAUUCUCAAAGGAUGCGAGAAGUUACAGGAAUUCUACCUCGAUCGCAAUAGUCUGACCAGUGUCCCAUCCAUGUCACUCAAUGGACCAUCAGCUCUCAAAUUUCUAUCCCUACGCGGAAACAACAUUGCCCAGCUGAGAACGGAAGCCUUUGCAGCUCAAUCGAAUCUCGAGAGGAUCGAUCUCAGAUACAACCGAAUUGGACAUAUCGAAGGGAAUGCCUUUUCUGGCCUGAGAAAUAUCAAGGAGAUCUACUUGGCUGGAAAUCGUCUCUCCCGGAUGAACAGUGAUGUCUUCUUGGGAGCUUCAACACUCCAAAAACUCGACUUAUCCGAAAAUUUCAUUACAAACUUCCCAGCAGUGUCUCUAAAAGAAAUUGAGAAUGUACGAGUUCUCAAUCUCUCAGCGAAUAUGAUCACCAAUUUAGACAGUUCCCACCUAGCUCAACUCAAGGGGUUACAGAUCCUAGACGUUAGUCGGAAUGGGAUCACCUCGAUUGCUCCAGGGACAUUCAGAGAUCUCCGAACACUGAAAUUCCUAGACAUCAGUCUCAAUGCCCUCAGAACUAUCGAAGAUGACGCCUUGGAAGGUUUGGAUGCCCUACAGACCCUAAUCAUCCGAGACAACAACAUCCUCCUGAUCCCUGGCAGUGCCCUUGGACGACUACCCAGGCUCUCUAACCUCUAUCUAGACUUCAAUAGAGUUGCUGCCCUGUCCUCAGAUAUUCUAGGAUCCAUCCAACCAGAAGACAUUCGGUACAUGUCUCUUUCACGGAAUGUUAUCCGAGAACUUCCUCCUGCCAGCUUCCAAAUGUUCAAGAACCUCAUCUAUCUCGACUUGUCAGGGAAUUCCCUGAUUGGCAUUAGCGCUGAUAUCUUUGUCGGACUCGAGGGUGCUCUUCAGGACCUCAGGCUAGCACAGAACAAAAUCACCAGCGUCGGAAAUGUCCCACUGGUUCUUAAUCACCUCUUGAAAUUGGAUCUCAGCGAGAAUAAUAUUGUUGAUAUCCCGAGAAAUGCUUUCAGUGGACUUCCAGCCCUAGUUCACCUCAAUCUCAGUGGGAAUCCCCACCUAGGACCCAUUCCUCACAGUCUCCUAACACCACUGAAAAAGCUCAGGACUCUUGAUCUCAGCAAAGCGGGUCUCAAGGUGCUACCAAUUGAAUUGCUAGCAAAUAAUCCUGACCUUCAAAUUGUGAACCUGCAAAACAAUGCUAUACAAGAGAUCCAAGAAGGAACCUUCUCCAAUCUGAGAAAUAUCACAUCCAUUGACCUAUCCAACAACAACAUUAUGUCCAUCAGACCAUCGUCCUUCGUCAAUGUAAUGAGUAUCCAGAGAUUGUCUCUCCGUGGAAACCAACUGAGUGCUUUCAAAGGAGAAAUCUUCAAUACAGGAACUAGCCUUGAGGACUUGGACAUAUCCAACAACCAGAUCAUCUAUCUCUUCCCUUCAGCUUUCAGGAUUCAUCCUCGUUUGAAGAACCUAGAUAUCUCUAGCAACAAACUAAAGUUUUUCGUGUCAGAACUAAUUGGGAAUCUCCAGUACCUGGAAUUCAUCAAUUUAUCAGGGAAUAUGCUGAAGAACAUUGAGGAACUGGACUUUGCCAGGCUUCCUCGACUUAGAAGUCUCUUGAUCGCUAGAAAUUCUAUCGAUACUCUCAGCGAAAUGUCUUUCCACAACUCCACUCAGCUCCAAAUCAUCGAUCUCAGCGACAACAAACUGGAAAGGAUAGGUGACCGAACUUUUGAGGGUCUAGUGAGGCUUGAACACUUGAAUCUCGAAGGGAAUAACUUAUCUGAACUCCCGGAAACCAUCUUUGAGAGGGGAAAGUUGCAAAUGCUAGAAAAUAUCAAUCUGGCGAGGAAUAACUUUGAAGUAGCUCCUCUCAAAUCCCUCCAGAGACAGUACUUCUUUGUCUCGUCUGUAAAUCUCAGUCAGAAUAAGCUGAAGCACAUCCCUGGAGAUGAUAGUAUCAUGGUUAACAUUAAGGAGUUGGAUCUAUCAUUCAAUCCUCUCUCUGAAGAAGCCAUUUCGAAUAUUCUAAGCGAACCCAAGACUGUUAGGGAUCUCAACCUCGCAGGAACUGGUAUUAGAGAAAUCACAUCUCUGGAAACACCGUUCUUGCAAGUCCUCAAUCUUUCACUCAAUCACAUCACGAGUGUCAACGAACGGGUAUUCAGUAGGGCUACCCUCCUGGAGAACCUAGAUCUUUCAGGAAAUAAACUACAGGACAUGAAGACUGUAUCGAAGAUCUGGCCAACGUUGAACUCCCUACAGUAUCUUGACCUGUCCAAUAAUUCUUUCGAAACCAUCUCUCAUGGAGAUCUGGACAAUCUGGAGAUGCUAAAAUCCCUCUCUAUAGCUAAUCUCAAUCAGUGCUCCCGGAUUGAGAAGAAUGCCUUCAAGGAUUUGCCAAAUUUGUCGAAAUUGAGAGCCUACAACUAUCCUAGAUUAGGGUACUUGGACGUUCAGGGCAUCCUGGAGGCUUUGCCCGGUUUGGAGACUUUGGACAUCGAAGUAAAAGACGCAGCUGUAGGCAGCGAUCAAAUUCAACCAUCGCAUCAUCCGAGACUCAAGGAACUGGGUAUCCGAGGGUAUCGGUUAAGGAGUAUAUCUUCGGGAACAUUGGCAGGACUCAAAGCACAGGAUUUGAAUAUUAAAUUGAGAAAUACAUCCUUAUCAUCCCUUCCACCGGCUCUUCUCUUCCCAGUUCCGAGAUCUUCUCAUCUCACACUUGAUAUCACGGGAUCUAGAAUACCUGUUCUCUCACCACAACUCCUAUCAGCUCUUGAUGAUCGUCGGAACAGCCUGGCCCUAAAAGGUUUGGAUAGCAACCCUGUUCACUGCGACUGCAAUGCCAGGGCACUCAGAAGAUGGAUUCCAGGAACCAAUAUGGCAGGAUUGAAAUGCAAAACUCCGGAAUAUCUUCAAGAUAGACUAUUGAUUGAGGUAGGAGAUGAUGAACUGACUUGCGACCCUAGAAGACUUCCUACAACAACACCAAAGCCCACAAUUGCCAUUAUGACCUCAAGCACGAGCCCCAGGCCAACCAUGACAUCGACAACUGAACCUGAAAUCAUCUGGAGUCUAGCUCCCACUAAAUCCAUGCCGAAAAUCAAGACUAAACCGCCGCAGAUGAAGCAGGCUCCCAUGAACAAUGACGACACCUUGAUUAUCGGGAUUGUUGGAGGAGUUGUAGCCUUCAUUGCUAUCCUCAUUAUUAUUAUCUGUAUCGUACGUCUUCGGAUGAGCAGUACUCCCUACCGCGGACCCGUUCACAUGGGAAUGCCCCCAAUGCCAAUGGGUCCGGGAAGUGUUCAAAUGAGCUUCAAGGGAGGACACGGACCUGCUCUAUAUGCUGUUCCGCCCUAUGCUCAAAGCUAUGCUACACUGCCACAUAAACUGCCACCGCCGCAUUCCGUUGUGGCCCAGAGUCACGCGAAUUUGAGCCAAAUUAGACCGGCCUACUCAACAAUGGGUCGGGUACCUUAUGCCUUCCAACAACAACAACCUCCACCACCUUCUCAGCAAAAUCAACAACCGCAAUCUACAUCCCACAAUGGUCAACCCUACGUGAUCUACGACGAGAAGGCCUACAGAUAAUCCUACAGGUGACCAAGGAAGGUCCCAAGACAAAGUAUAAACUCCGGGUGGAAACUUCAUAAAAUGCGGACUUUAGACUUAAUGCCCCCGGCACAUCUUUUAGAUCAGGAAAAUUUCAUGAAAUCAAAAUUCGUGUCCAUUUCUUUCUCAAAAGGUUUGCAUAUGUCCAUCUUACACUU